UUCUCCUGGAAACACGCGACGUCUUUCAUUUCAUAUACAAACAGUAGAAAACAAAAGGUCACCGAUUUUGAUACUAAUAGACAAUUACAAAUCUUUUAUUUUCAUAAUAUGAUACAAUAAUUAAAAUACUGUUACACUUGCAGGAACAUCAGGCAGAGCCUCAUUUGCUCAACUUAAGUAUACAAAGAUUUGUGUAUUAAUUUUCACUUUGUAAAGGAUUUACCACCCUUGUAAAUAAAUGUAAUGUUAAGUGUAAAAUUAAUGGAAUUUUUAGCAUUACAAAUAUUUUCUAAAAAUUGGAAUCCAUUUUAGGAAAAUCCCUCUACAUUUAGAAAUAAUUGAAAUUUGUUAUACAAGUUAUACAAUGUAAUGUAAAAAUUAUAAUAUAUGCGAACAUCAGAUUCUCGUGUUCAAUAUUCAAAAAGAUUUUAUAUUAGUUUCAAUUAUCUAUUCCAUCGAUAAUAGAAUAACACGACACAUGAAGGUGUCAAGCUCCGAUAAUUAAAGUUCACAGUUCUUAUAAGGAUGUUUGUUUUAAAUCGCGAUAUUGUGAAAGCGAAAGUUGAGGGAGGAUUCUUGCCCCAUGUGCUUAUUGAACUUCAUCAGUUACGCGAAUGUUUAACUGAGAAGAAGACGUGUGCAAAAUUUAGUCCUCAAUUUAGAAGAGUCAUUCUUACAUUAUUCACACUUGAUCCUUUUUGGUUUAAUCGAUUUCAAGAGAGCUAUUUAUAACUAAAAAAUGAUUUUUAUUGCUAUUAUUUACGGAUGCCUUGUGGGCCUAAUUAACGCAGAAGAUGCAAAUGAAAUUGCAAAUGAUAUCAGACCAUACGAAUUCGCAUUUAAUGUUAUUGAUUUUCAACACAGAUUUGAAAAACAAGAUGAAGAUGGAAUUGUAACUGGGGAGUAUGGUUUUAUUACGGCUGAUGGUAUUUAUCAUGAGACUGGUUAUGUGACUGAUAAAGAAGGAGAUUUUAUUAUUACAAAAAUGAAAAACCGAAAGUUAACAUCGAAGAAAGAUGUUGAGGAGUUCUUCAACGAAAAACCAGAAGUGGCCGAAAAAGUAAUGUCCGCAAUUGAACGAUCAUGUAGUGAUUGCAAUAAUUUGAUAAAUAAACCAAAAAUUGAAGCUGAAUCGACUUUUAACAAAACACCCGUAAAGUUCAAUUCUACCCUAAAUGGAAAGCAGAAUAAUGUUAAAAGUUCGGAAAAACCUGCUAUUUUAUCAAAUCCUAACGAAAUACACAAUGUUCGUAAAGGGAAAUCUAUCAAUAAGUUUGAAUCCUCAGGAGGUAACAUUACUAAUGGAAAAAGAGAUGAAAUAACAGAUACAAAAGAUUUGAGGGAAAAUUUGACCGUUUCAAAUAAUGAGUCAGCAAAAACGGAGCAGAAUCUAAAUUACCAUUUCAAUUAUUCUAUUCCAUCUCACGGCCAUAAUGAGGAUGGUUACAAAAAUGGAAGGAAAGAUGGCAGUUAUCAUUCGACAGGAGACAAUGGAGUGGAUGUCAAAGUCGAGUACUUAUCAAACGAGUUUGGUCAUCAGCCUAACAUAAGCUUUGUUCCUGGGCCAGCGUUGGAUCCAAAGGAAGAAUCUCUAAACGGAUUUUCUUUCCUUUGGUAUAGAAAAUAGAUCACUAAUUUUAUAAAUAAUUUAAUCACAAGUUCAAUCGUUCGAAUUUAGUUAGAUGAUGUUGAUGAUUGUGAUGAUUUAAACCUAAUUUGUUAGAAACGAUCCCCCACAGCACCGAAACUUUCCUAAAAAUUUAUUAAAUAUUUACUUGCAAUGUUCGGAAUAUGUAAUUGCAAUGUUUAUUGAAAGUUGUGUCAAGAUUUAAA